AUGAUUGAAGAUCAAAGUGAUUUGAUAGAUUACGAAAUGAAACGUAAUGAUAAUACACGAGAAUCAUUUUCGACUGAUGCUGAGAUACGUAAACGAAAUAUGAAAACAAAACGUGAACCAGGUCAUCGUAUAUUUGUUACUCGAAGUUUACAAUUAGAUCGAAUUAAAUUUUAUGGUUUUGAUAUGGAUUAUACAUUAGCAUUGUAUAAAUCACCUGAAUUUGAAGAAUUAACAUUUCAACUUGUUAUCGAUUCAGUUGUUGAACUUGGUUAUCCAGAAGAAAUUCGGCAAUUUGUUUAUGAUCGAACAUUUCCACUACGUGGUCUUUGGUAUGAUAAAUUAUAUGGAAAUUUACUUAAAGUUGAUGCAUAUGGUAAUAUUCUUACUGUUGUUCAUGGUUUUAAAUUUCUUUCUGGACAUGAAGUUCGUGAACUUUAUCCAAAUAAAUAUAUCGUAGGUGAUGAUCGUAUUUAUGUUUAUUAUACACUUUUUAAUCUACCAGAAAUUUAUCUUAUUGCUUGUUUGAUUGAUUAUUUUUCAACGAUGGCUACUUAUGUUCAAGGUCGAACAGCGGUACAAUUUGGAGGAAAUAUUCUUUCAUUUCGUGCUAUUUUCAAUGAUGUUCGAAAUUCAGUUGAACGUGUUCAUAACAAAGGUCAACUUAAAGAAAUGGUUUGUAAAGAUAUUCAAAAAUAUAUUCAUAAGGAUGAACGAUUACCUGUAUUAUUAGAUCGUAUUCGUUCUCAUAAUGCAAAAACAUUUUUAUUAACAAAUAGUGAAUAUUGGUAUACAGAUAAAUUAAUGACCUAUUUAUUAAAUAGUGAACAUAAUAACGCCAAGCGUGAUUGGAAAUCAUAUUUUGAUUUUAUUCUUGUUGAUGCACAAAAACCACUUUUUUUUGCUGAAGGUACAACAUUAAGAAUAAUUAAUCCAAGUACAGGAAGUAUGAAAUUGGGUACAUAUUCUGGUGAAUUACAACAAAAUGAAGUUUAUAGUGGAGGUUCAUGUGAAGUUGUUUCGAAAUUAAUUGGUUCAAUGGGUAAAGAUGUUUUAUAUGUGGGUGAUCAUAUAUUUGGUGAUAUAAUUAAAUCGAAAAAACAGAAAGCAUGGAGAACAAUGCUUGUUGUACCUGAACUUAAUCAUGAAUUAAAAGUUUUUCAUGAUAAAAGAGAUUUAUUUAAUACAUUAGAAUCAUUAGAUACAUCAAUUAGUGAAUUACUUCGUUCGUUUGAUAUGACUGCAAAUCGUGGACCAGAUGCAGUCAAUAAAAUUAAACAAAAAAUACAGCAAUGUACUCAUGAAUUGGAUAUGAAUUUUGGACUUUUAGGUUCUCUUUUUCGAACAGGUUCUCGUCAAACUCAUUUUGCUUCACAAGUAUCAAGAUUUGCUGAUAUAUAUGCUUCAACAGUUGUCAAUCUUGUCUAUUAUCCAUUCUUUUAUUUUUUUCGUGCUGUUCCACAAUUAAUGCCUCAUGAAUCAACUGUUGAUCCUGAAGAACCAAUGCAUUUUAAAUCAUGGGGUGGUGAUACACCUCAAUCGGAAACAUCGGAUCGUCGUCGUUCAACAAUGGAUCAAGGAGCGAGUGGUGUAUCACGUUUUAAUCAUUCAUUAUCGAUGCAAAUUUCACCUGAUUUACCAUUACAUGUAACACAUGAUCAUGAUGCUGAUGGUGAUCCAGAUGAUGAGAAAGCAGCUGAUCUAGAUCAAGAUUUAGAAUUUGAUCUUCGCUCGAAAAUAACAUAUACGCCACCAACAAAAAAAGAAUAA